UUUCCUGGCACGCCUCAUCGUGGUGAUGUCUGAGGACCGGCCCAGCGCUCCCAGGAACAUCCACGCUGAAACCAUCUCCUCCUCAGCCAUCCUACUGGCCUGGGAGAGACCCAUCUACAACGCUGACAAAGUCAUCGCUUAUUCUGUUCACUACAUGAAGGCUGAAGGACUAAACAAUGAGGAAUACCAGGUGGUGAUUGGCAACGACACGACCAGCUACAUUAUAGAUGACCUGGAGCCAGCCUGGAACUACUCUUUCUACAUGGUGGCCUAUAUGCCGAUGGGAGCUAGCCGUAUGUCUGACCAAGUCUGUCAACACACUCUGGAGGAUGUGCCCCUGCGUACCCCAGAGAUCAGCCUGACCAGCCACAGCCCUACAGACAUCCAGGUUUUGUGGCAGCCUCUACCAACCAAACUGUCCCGUGGGCACAUCUGGGCCUAUCGUCUGUCCCGUGGGCACAUCUGGGCCUAUCGUCUGUCCUACCGUAUAUAGCUGCAGACGCCAUGGUUCUGUCUGUGGAGCUGGCCCAAAACAACACCCAGUACCUCCUGGGAGACCUUCAGCCUGAUACCGUCUACCUGCUCCGGAUCGCUGCAGCCACCAGGGUGGGGUGGUGUGAACCCUCCUCCUGGACCUCCCACCGCACUCCCAAAACCUCCAGCAUCAAAGUGCCACCUGCCCCACUGCUGCAGCAACUGGAGCCUCUCAACUGCACCUCCAUCUUGGUUCGAUGGCAGCCAUCUCCAGGCUCCGUGGUCGUCCAGGGUUACCGGCUCUGUUACCAUGAGGAGGGUCAACCAGA